GAGAGGCCGUGGGAGGAAACCGGGCACAGGCAGAGCAGCAGGUGGAAAAACCCCGACCAAGCCGGAGCCAGCCCGGAGCAGCCUCGUUCUGUUUGUGUAACCUCUGGGCAGGACAGAAGCGUGUGCGGGGGAAAGCGCUCGGAGCUGCGGCGAUCCUCAGAGACCAGCAGGGAGAGGACUGGAUAAACAAGUUGACAGGACCUUGAAAGGCGCAUUUUCAGAUCUGUCUGGGACUGCCUUUGUUCCGCUGGGCUGGGCUGGGAUUUCAGCAAGCUGACUCUGCUCUAAGUAUGUGAGCUAAGUGGUUCGGUACACAGCUUCGUUUGUUACAGGUUUUUUUUUUCCCUCUUUAAUUGCUAACAGGAGGCAGAUAAAAUACACAUGCCUUCGUUAGUUUUUUAAGUGCAAGUUAGAGGUAUCAUCACCCAGAGUGCGCGCACACGCGUGCAGAGCAGCGACAAUAUUGCAUUUCAUCAGUGGUGAAUGACUGAACCUGAAGCCGGAGGGAGUGGCAGCCCUGUCGCUGUCUGCCUCCACACUGAUCAAUAAGUGACAGACCAAGCGCUGCCGCAGCGUUCCUGAAGUCAUUUAGAAAACCAACAGCACCAAAUCUUCCACAAGAACAUCGAAGUGCCUGAUACAGACUCGCCGAAACGGCUGGGAAGCUCCCUGAAGAGUAAACAGCCUCGGGGAGAAGGACUUGGCCUCUAAGAAACUGGACUUUUUGUAAUCUGCUGUGCAGAGCGCAUCAGAGACUUUGGAGAUGAGCAUUAUUUUUGAUUAUUUAAAUUAAUGUGAAGUGACAGAGAGCAAUCUGAGCUCUGCGAGCUUGGCGAAUGACUUGGACUCGCUACACACAUUUUUCUUGCAAUAACUGAGCUUUGCAUCCUCAGAAAGGAGAGCUUUGGACCGCAGCCCUUACUGGACAGGACUGGGUGCCGUGGUCAGGAGCUUUCCCCUGCCUCCUCGUGGGAUCCCUGGGACUGGUGGGAGCUCCACGGCCAAGCCGCCGCCGUGGGAGGUGGCACCGGGCCCGCGCGCCUCUGCCCAUCGCCGCCGGAUGCUCUGAGCUGGGGGGAUGGAGCUGCAGCCUGAGCAGGGGGAAGUACUCCUCACUACAGGGGACGGUACCCGGUGCCAGGAGACCAACUCCGAGCUCUGCCAGCUCCCUCGUGGUGCGGGAGAGGCUGGUGGAGGGGAGGACGUCCCAGCUGUCAGCCAGGAGAGCCGAGAGGCCGACGGGCGAGGCCAGGCGCUGCAGCCAGGGGAAGAGGAUGUGCUUGGCCCCGGCAACAAGAAGGCCCCCGAAGAACAGCAGGAGAGCGAGGACGGCAAAGUCCAGGACUCCCAGGAGGAGCUGCCUGCCCCAGGGGAGAGUGACACGUCCCCUGGGGGAGCCUCGCAGCCGGCGGGUGAGCCCCCCAGCACCCGCCCUCCUGCCCGGGAGCGGGAGCCCGAGCCCGAUUUCUACUGCGUGAAGUGGAUCACGUGGAAGGGUGAGCGGACGCCCAUCAUCACCCAGAGCGAGAACGGGCCCUGCCCGCUCCUGGCCAUCAUGAACAUCCUCUUCUUGCAGUGGAAGGUGAAGCUGCCCCUGCAGAAGGAGGUGGUCACGUCAGAUGAGCUGAUGGCACAUUUGGGGGACUGCAUCCUAUCCAUCAAACCCCAAGAGAAGUCAGAAGGGCUGCAGCUGAACUUCCAGCAGAACGUCAACGACACCAUGAUGGUCCUCCCCAAGCUCUCGACAGGCCUGGACGUGAACGUACGGUUCACAGGUGUCUCUGACUUCGAGUACACACCUGAGUGCAUAGUCUUCGACCUCCUCAACGUCCCGCUCUACCACGGCUGGCUGGUGGACCCGCAGAGCCCCGAGGUGGUGCAGGCCGUGGGCAAGCUCAGCUACAACCAGCUGGUGGAGAAGAUCAUCACCUGCAAACACUCCUGCGACUCCAACCUGGUGACCGAAGGGCUGAUUGCGGAGCAGUUCCUGGAGUCCACGGCCUCCCAGCUGACGUACCACGGGCUGUGUGAGCUCACGGCUGCUGUGAAGGAGGAGGAGCUGAGCGUCUUUUUUCGCAACAACCACUUCAGCACCAUGAUCAAGCACAAGGGCCACCUCUACCUGCUGGUGACGGAUCAGGGCUUCCUGCAGGAGGAGAGGGUGGUGUGGGAGAGCCUGCACAACGUGGAUGGUGACAGCUGCUUCUGUGACACUGACUUCCACCUCAGCCAUGCCCUGGGCAAGGAGGCGGCUGCUGCGGCCCCCCCAGAGCAGAGGCAGGUGGACCAGGACUACAUGAUCGCCCUGUCCCUGCAGCAGCAGCAGGGACAGGGCCCCUCCACGCUCAGUGACCUUGAGCUGGCCCGCCAGCUGCAGCAGGAGGAGUACCAGCAGCAGCAGCAGCAGCAGCCGCGGCCAGCCCCGGCCCCCGCACAGGGCCGAGCGCAGCCGGGUGGCCGGCCAGCCGUGGAGCGGAGACAGCGGCAGAAGGACUCGGACUGCACCCUCCUGUAGUGCUCAGCGGGACCCCCCCCACCCCGCUCCUGGGGGAGCACCAGCUGGAGCCCCCCUGUCCUGCAAGGAUGGUGCCGGUGUCCCUGGGGACGGCUGGAGGGGGGAAGGGGGGGGAGGACGAGGG